CAGAGAUGGAGAGGCAGAGAGGGAUAGUUACCAACUUUAAAUUCCUUGGUGUUAUUAUUUGGAGGAGCUGUCCUGGGCUAGCCGCAUUUAAUACCAUCAUUCCCACAAUCCUGAUUGAGAAGUUGCAGAACCUGGGCCUCUGUACCUCCCUCUGCAAUUGGAUCCUCGACUUCCUAACCAGAAGACCACAAUCUGUGCAGAUUGGUGAUAACAUAUCCUCCCUGCUGACGAUCAACACUGGCACACCUCAUGGGUGUGUACUUAGCCCACUGCUCUACUGUCUGUAUACACAUAGCUGUGUGGCUAGGCAGAGCUCAAAUACCGCCUAUAAAUUAACUGAUAAUGCAACCAUUGUCAGUAGAAUCUCAGGUGGUGACGAGAAGGCGUACAGGAGUGAGAUAUGCCAACUAGUAGAGUGGUGCCACAGCAACAACCUGGCACUCAAUGUCAGUAAGACGAAAGAGCUGAUUAUGGACUUCAGGAAGAGUAAGAUGAAGAAACACAUACCAAUCCUCAUAGAGGGAUCAGAAGUAGAGAGAGUGAGCAGUUUCAAGUUCCUGAGUGUCAAGAUCUCUGAGGAUCUAACCUGGUCCCAACAUAUCGAUGUAGUCAUAAAGAAGGCUCUCCCUUCCUCCACAAUCCUGAUGCCACGAUCACCUCUCUAGUACAGUUCUAAACACAAGAGCUUCUGCAGACGUUGGAAAUCCAGGACAACACACACAAGAUGCUGGAGGAACUUAGCAGGUCAAGAAGCAUCAAUGGAGGAGAAUAGUCGGUGGUUUGGUCUGAGACCCUUCAUCAGGACUGGAAAAGAAAGUGGAAGAAACUCCACACAGUCUUACAUAGUCCACAGCCUGAGAGAGAAUCCUUCUCAAGCUGUCACAGAAAGACAACAAUGUUUCAAAGGUUCGAAGAUUUCAAAGGUACAUUUAAUGUAUACAAUAUACAUCCUGAAAUGUUUCUUCUUCACAACCAUCCAUGAAAACAGAGGAGUGCCCCCAAAGAAUGAACGACAGUUAAAUGUUAGAACCCCAAAGUCCCCCCAGCUCCUUUCCCUCCCGUGCAUAAGCGGCAGCAAGCAAUGAUCCCCUCCCCUCACCGGCAAAAAAAAAAUUGACACCCACCACCAAGCACUCAAGCAUGCAACAAGGCAACAGCAAAGACAGAAUCUUACAGGACUCCAAAGACUACUCGUUCACCUGGUAUUCGGUAUACCACAGGUUCUCUCUCUCCAUAAUAAGGGAGAAAGAGUUGUCUCCAUUUCACAGCGAGCGGGGAGACAUAACAUACAACUCACUGGUUUACAAUGUUAAAAGUUUGUUGCAUCGCUUCUUCCGAACCCUGUGCCCAAAGAUCUCGGGUCCCUGGACACACGGCCUUAGGUCUUCCAUUUCCUAGGACACACCGACCUUCGAUCCGCCUGUCUCCAGAGCCACGAGAUCUUGGCCCUCCAAAGGCGAUCUGAGGUCUUAGGCCGAGCCCUUGGCAUGCCAAAUAACAACCAGUCGUAAAACCUCGAGAGUGGGUCCCAUUCCCCAAAGAACUACAGUCAGCAUGUCUUCAAAAGAACCCUGAAAGGGAAAAAUAAAGAUAAAGAAUAGAAUGUUAAAUCCUAUCCUUUCCCUGUCUCUGACCUAUCUUUUGAACUGUUAGACUGAAAGAAGGAUAACCAGUGAACAGGAAUGGAGGCGCCAUUUCUAAUGUACAGUGAGAUAGAUUAGAAGAAGAAAAUUAAAGUAGAAAGCCUUAAAGAGGGCCGGAGAAGUAUGGAUUAGACACACAUGUGCCAGUUUCAGUUACAGUAUGAAAAACUGAUUGAAGAAAAAAGUAAACAAGAAAAAGAAGCCCAAGUAGCUGAGGCCUAAGUGCAGGGAUUGAGGAAACAGUACAGCAAUUUAAAGAUGGCUAUGAAUGUGAUAAAGAAAUCAGCACAUGAAAUGAAACAACACUGGAGAUCAGACAAAGUGUUUAAAGCAGAUACAAGACCUGCUGCGUCAAGUAAACACUCGGCGAGGAAUAAUAUGUGCUUUUGGAGCUGAAAGGGGGAGGAGGAUGAAAAUGGAGAUAUGGAUUGGAAUGAUUUAGCAGAUAAGGCGACCAGAUAUGUCUAUGAUGAGGAGCUUCCUCUUGAGGAUCUCCUACCGACACACAACCAAAAGGGGCUGCUGCUGCCAUUGGCACCAUUGACACCCCCCCACCCCAGAGAGGGAGGAGCUGAGGCAGGAAAUCAACAGCAGAAUGUAACUUAGACUAUCCCGCUCAGGGUACAGAAGCUGAAGGAUAUUGCUGAGGCCUGGCAAUUAGUUACUGGAGAGCAAUACACGGUCAACAUGACGCUGAGGAAAGGAGAUUGAUUAUAAUGUGCUUGCGUCUGAGCAUCUGCUCUGCUUUGCCAGAAGCACAGCGACAUGCUGGGGGAGCAAAUGGGAAGUUAAAGAAUCUGAUACUGACUGUUAUGACUAAUAACAGCGGGGACCCAAUGGACCCAUUAAGUAAAUGUUACCAGAGGGUAGAGGAGCACCCCACUGCCUUUGCAUCCCAUCUAUAGAUGGAGUUUCGAGCGGUGCAUGCAUUAACAUUAGAUCGAGAUCAUUUAGGAUCAGAACCUGCAAAGGGAUAGUUAAGAACAUUAGUGUCUCAUAGCACCAACAAAUCUAGAAAGAUAUUGGAACUGUUUGAUCCUAGUGACCCUGCACAUACUGAGGCAUGGGUACCUAAGAAAAUUAUUAAAGCAUGGCAGGGGGAAAUGCAGGAGUUAUAUUAUAACUUCAGGAAUACUCCAAAGGCAGCUGAAGUUUUUUUUACCUUCAAGAAAGCACAUGAGGUAUUGUAUGGGAAAGCGCAGGUCAGGGUAGAAGCCAGCAGAGUGAUUGUACAGGAGAAGUAACAGAACACUGGAGUGCGCCUUCAUUCAACCAGGGAACGUCCCAUCACAGUGCUCAAAUCUGCUGUUUCAUCUGUAGUAAUAUGGGUCAUUAUGUCCAGAAUUGUAGAGCAAGCAAUUCAUUUAACCUGAAUCCUAACAUAGAUCAGAAAGGUCAGAAUAUGUUGGGACUUUGGUUAAUUUGGGGGAUGUCAUGCUUUAAACUUGUUAAUGUUGUUUACUUGUGCAUGCUGAAUAACUUCUAACAUUUCUUUGUUUUAAAGUCUCAGCUCCUCAAUUAUGUCUGAUUGUAAAUGAUUGUUUUGGUAAGUAUAGAGUUCUCAUCUUUUAAGAGGCUGGGCCUUAAAGUGGUUGCAUGAAUGUGUUGGGACUCCAUCUAGCUGAGUUGACUUUUCCUUUGUUCUUUAAAAACUGGUUCAAACUGUUUCAAAACUGGGAAUAAACUGUUUAUUCAAAGUUUUACAGAUUUUUGCAAAGGUUCUGAAAGCAGAGAAGUACAAACAUUGAUUCUUGUAUUUAUUGUCUGUGCUUUUGGUUUGUUUCUUUAUCAGUUUUCCAUGGAAUUGGGUUUAGAGAGACCCAGAUUCCACACAGGCCAUGUGCAAUCCAGGUUCAGGAGACGGAAAUCUGUGCAUUUUUAUUCUGGAUAUGAGAUGUCUACAUUUCAGAGGGAAAUCUACUCAAGUCUGUCAUCCAGUUGCACCUCCAGAUGCUGCCUGACCUGCUGAGUCGCUCCAGCAUUUCAUGUGUGUUGCUUUGGAUUUCCAGCAUCUGCAGACUUGUUGAGCUUGAAAGAGAGUGACAAACACACAACAAAGAGGAGAAGAAGUUGAAAGCUGAGCAGGUACAAGAGUUACAGUAAGAACAUGUGGUCCAUGGAUGCCCAGCAAAGUGGACGAGUUGAUGCUGAGGAAGAGGCAAUAACAUUCAGCAAGGAGGAUGAGUUUUUAUGCCACCUGUCCCAGGAAGAAAAAGAAUGUCUUGGAUUUUUGAUCGAAACUAUUGAUGCUUUAGAGGUGGAUUUGGAAGAAGAUGACAAAGAGGGAGCUACAAUGGGAGAGGGCACUAUUGGUGAUGGGUUCUAUGAAUUUCUAGGAAUGGUUUGCAGUACUCGACCAACAGACAAGGCAGCUGGUCCUGAUGAAUCAGGCACCUGUGAUUAUGCUAUUGGGAAAGCGGGGGCAGUUGCCACUAGCCCAGCUACAGAGAAGGCCAAUAUCAGAAGCAUGGCAGCAGUUCCAGGUCUUGAUCCAACACCAAACCAAAAGGCAACGGCAGAAAGAGACGAGAAACAGAAGAAACUGCUGAAGUAUCAAGGAUCUGAAGCCACAAUGGGUUUAGAAUCUAAAAGCACAAAGCUGUCCAGAAUUGAUGAACAAUGCCCGUCCAGAUCUCUCACCUUGCUCCCAGCCCAUGCAAGGAAGUUCGACACUAUCCUGAGGUCAGGCGUCAGUGUGCAGGAGCUGCGUGCUCAGGUUUUAGCCCGUCUCAGUGGGUCUGCCCAGCAGCAGCCAGGCAGUCAGACAGAGGGUUUGGCAACACAAUCCCACUCAGUUCGGUUACUUGGAGUGCCUGAGCAGAGAGCCACAAGACAGCUUGCCCUGCAGAAGCCCGGCAGCACCGACAGCACCUCUGCUCGACCUCAGAAGUCAGCCUCCCCACAGUCACCAAUGGAAAGAGAUCAUGAAGCUGCUUUGAAAAAGCUGGGCCUUUUAAACCUAUAAUGUUGAAAAGCCCCUUGUGAAAAUUGAGUCGUCACUGUCACUCAGUGUAGGUUGUCAAUGAAGUUCCCCUACCCUUCAUAAAGCCAAUAAAAUGUGUCAAGUGUGCAGCUUCUCUGUGCACACACAGAGGUUUAUUAAUGAGGUAGCACCUUACAAUGCAUAUGUUUCCUUCGUUCUGCAAUUACACAUUAAUAAUUCAGAGUUUUCCUAAAAUACUCCAUGACAGUUUAUUCGUCAAAACACAUUUAGCAAGAACAUAACAUUGAACUGAAUGGAAAUGGGAAUUUUGAACCCCAACCUUAAAAUACAAAGAUAUACUCAUUCACAUCUUGCCAGGGAAAUAUUACUUGUACAAUUAUGGGAGUAAACCCACAUUCUGAUAUAUUGUUUAGGUUGUAAGAGCUGCUACAAACAGUGGCAUUGUGUUCCUUCCCUCUGGCAAAUUGAAAUUACAUGGAGCUCAUAUGUCAAAUGAUCAAAUAUUUGUUGCAUUUCUAUUCAUCAUGAUAUCUUUAGAAUCUUGCAUCUACUUACUAUUUUAUAGAUCAUUGGUUUUUGUCACUCAUUUUCUCAUAUCAUACAUUGUAUAAAUAUUACUUGGUGUAUAUAGAUCUGCAUAUAGGUUAGUGGUGCUUUGAAUGAAUAAACAUUUAUUUCAAAUUCUUGUUCUGUGUGAUAUGUUUUUACCAGGGCUUGAAGGAGUAUGGUAAGUACUUGUAUAUUUAUUAUUUUUGCUGUAAUGGAAAAGUAAAUGAGACUGGGUGUAACAUGGCCACAGAUUAGCUGUUGAAAAGACCAACUUCAGGCUGAAAUUUCUUGUAUCACUUGUACGAGCACAACCAGAAGCAGCAUCCAGGUUUAAUCUUCUCUUCAUUCCAACGGUGCUCUUCAUCUAUUCAAGUCAAAAUUUCAAGAUUAGAAAGGAUAUGAGAUUCUGAUGAAAAUUUGUACCACAGCCCAUGGAAACAUUCACUCUGCAAUAUUGGCUGGCUUGCUGUAUUUUUUGAUAUUUUGUUAUUCACUCCUAUUUCCAGUUUGUAGUUGUUUCUUUUGAAAAUCUUUAUCAAACAUGUCAAAUUCAUAAAGAUGUUUGUUUAUCCCUGGCAAGUGAAGGUUCAGCCUCUACUGAAUGUUUCAUGUAUCCUCUACUCGUUGACACACCAUUUCUGUACUUUGCUGUGAGCUAUUAGCAAAGUUUGACAGAAGUUACAAUUUAAUUUAUUGAUUACGUUACUGUGAAGUAUUUUUAAAUACUUUGUUGAUGACAAUAAGGUAGAUAUCAACAGCUUUUCUUUUGGAUCCUCCUGCUUUCUCCAGACCAAAUAUGUUGCCACUGAGCUUCCAUGUCAGUCAGUUAUGCCUUUUCAUUGGCUAUAUGGAGUAAUCCAUGUUCCAAAGCUACACCAACGAUAUUCCACAACUCUUUGUCUGCUACAUUAAAGACUGCAAUGGUGCUCUUUCCUGCACCCAUGCAGGGCUCAUCAAUUUCAUCGACUUCCACCCUGCCCCCAGGUCCCCUUGGUCCAUCUCUAACAAAUCUCUCCCCGUUUUGAUCUCUACUGCUCCCUCUCAAGAGACACCGGCAUCUUCCACAAACCAGCUGACUCUGCAGUUACUGUGAUUGCGCCCACCACGUCACUUACAAGGAUGCAAUUCCCUUCUCUCAUUUUCUCCAUUUCCGCCACAACUGUCCUAAUGUCUUUCCAUCAAUGACAUAUGCUGUGUCCUUUUAUUUCUCAAAAAAUAGUUACCUCCCCCUCCAACUACUUCUGCUGAUGCAGCCUGCCUCUUUUCUAUUUGCCACACAUCUACCCUCACUCAUUCCCCUACAUACAUAAUAGGGAUAGAGAAUUCCCCUUGGCCUCACCUACAAUUCCACAAGCCUACACAUCCAACAUAUCAUUCUCCACAGCUCUGACACCUCCAGCAGGAUCCCACCAUCAGGCAUAUCUUUCCCUCCCCUCUGCUCUCUGCUGUCUUCACCUAUGGGCCUCUCUAUGGUUCCCUUGUCUGUUCAUCACUCGCCACCGAUUCCCCCAGUGCUAAGUGUAACACCUGUCCCAUACCUCGUCCCUCACCAUCAUUCAGGGCUCCAAACAGUCCUUCCAGAUGUGGCUGUUGUGAAUGUUAAAGCAUCAGUGUCACAGAUUGCAUCUGAAGAUCCCUGUGGGUCCCCUUCUGUGUCAGUGAGACCCAGAGCACAUUGUAGAAUUGCUUUGUUGAGCAGCAUUUCUCCAAACACAUAAGGUAGGAUCUCCUGCUGACUGGCCUUUUUAAAUUCUACAUCUCAUUCCCACACAAACAUGUCUGUCCACAGCCUCUACUGCAAAAUUGAGGCCAGGUACAGGUCAGAGGGACUACAUCUCAAAUUCAGCGUUGGUAGUCCCCAACCAAACAAUGUGAAUAUCAAUUUCUCAAUUGUCAAGUAACCACUGCCCCAGGCCUGCCCCCUUGGUUUCCCUUAUCCCUCUGGCUCAUCACCCCAUCUCUUUCCCCUUCUUACCCUCUCAAUCUCCCCAUCACCUUCACAUUCCUCCCUCCAUUUCCCGUGCUCACUUCCGUCUUUUUAUUGCAUGGUCCACCUUUUAGAAUUAGGCCAUUCAGCCCAUUGAGUUUGAUUCGCCAUUCCAUCAUGGCUGAUUUAUUAUCCCUCACAACCCCAUUCUUCUUCCCAUAACCUUUGAUUUCACUAAAUAAUCAAAAACCUUUGCUUUAAAUAUACCCAACAGCAUGGCCUCCACUGUCAUCUGUGGCAAUGAAUUCCACAGAAUCUGGCUAAAGAAAUUCCUCUUCAUCUCUGCUUCAAUUCUGCGGAUGUGCCCUUUGGUCCUGGGUUCCCCUUCUAAAUAAGCAAGAGAAAAUUAGAAUGUAAUGUUUUAUAAGUAAGUUUUCUUACUUAUGGACUCUCUUUCAAGGAGCCUUCAUCUCAAGUUCUUGACAUUUACUGCUUAUUUAUUAUUAUUCCUUUCUUUUUGUAUUUGCACAGUUUGCUGUGCUCUACACACUGGCUGGUGCGGUCUUUCAAUGAUUCUGUUGUGUUUCUUGACUUUUCUGUGAAUGCCUGCAAGAAAUGGAUUUGAGUUGUAUAUGGAAAUAUAUAUGUACUUUCGUAAUAAAUUGACUUCGUACUUUAUAAAAUGUGA